GGGACUGAGCCUGAGCAGCAGUAUAAAGCCCAACUGACGCCAGUCGCUGUUAGCGAAGGCAACGAAGCGGACGUUCAACUGGAAUACUAGGAAAAUGGCUAAACCUGGUUUUAUACUCUUGCUGCUGGCUGUAUUGGGCGCCUGUCUGGCUGUGACACUGGCAGCCGGCGACUGCCCCUCGUUCACCAAGGUGUCCAACUGCACGCCCAAGUGCCUGCACGACAGCGAGUGCAGCGCCAUUGGCGGCAAAUGUUGUCCAAAUCUGUGCAACGGACGCAGCUGCGCAUCGCCCAAUCUGCUGGGCAACUCGGGCGCCGACAAGUCGCCCUUUGGCAGCAAGAACUCUGGCGCCACGGGCAGCUACUGUGGCAAUGUCAAGUGCGGCAGCUUCGAGAAAUGCGAAACAGAUCGCAGCACGAAGCGGCCCAAGUGCGUGCGCAGCUAGAGCGACUGCUACACUGAUAACUGAUUUUCUUUACUCUGCUUAUCUUGUGUAUGGACUCCAAAUAUAAUUUUGGCUUGAAUUAACGUA